CCGCUGCCGUCCGCGCCCCUGGAUCCGCCUCCUGGGGCUGGGCCGCGGUGGCUCCGGGCUGCCGACCCGGAUCCCCCUGCAGCGGCUGGGGUCCCCCUCGCUGUCUGUGCGGCAGUCCGGAGCCGGGCGGGGCGAGCGCCUCCCCUGCUCCUCCGGGACAGCCGGGGGGUCCUAGCUGCCUGCGCCUGCCCGAAGCGCUGGAGUCGCGGGUUGGCAGCGGGGCAGGUGACCGCAGGCUUGGGCAGCUCGCACCAGCCCAACGCGAACAGCCGCUUCAGAGACUGCGCCUGCCGCUGGGUCCCCGCGCCAGCUUCCGCGGGCCCGCACGUUCCCACGCUCAGCUUUGCCCUCCUUUCGCUGGUUGCUUUGGGAAAGACUUGCGCCUGAAGCUGGGGAGCUGGUGAUGGCCCUGACCCUGGAAACUGGCAGCUCUGCCCUGGCGGAUAGCUGCUCAGAAAUGGGCUGCGGUGGUUAUACACGGGAUAUAGAGAGAGAGAGCAUGUCAAAUGAAUGCAUCACAUGUGGUUGUGUCUCUUGUAGAAAACUAUCCAAACUAUCUGAUUAUAAAUCUAGAUAAGCUGGACUAUUGUGCAAGCUUGAAGAAUCUUGAAACCAUUUCUGAGAAGCAAAACUACAAGUUUAUCCAGGGUGACAUCUGCGAACCCCAUUUUAUAAAACUACUUUUUGAAACUGAGAAAAUUGAUAUAGUACUACAUUUUGCAGCACAAACCCACGUAGAUCUUUCAUUUUGGCGUUCCCUGGAAUUCACCUAUGUGAAUGUUUAUGGCACUCAUGUUCUGGUCACUGCUGCCUAUGAAGCCAGUGUGGAGAAGUUCAUUUAUGUCAGCACAGAUGAAGUAUAUGGAGGUAGCAUUGAUGAGGAAUUUGAUGAAGCUUCACCCAAACGACCAACAAAUCCUUAUGCCUCAUCUAAAGCAGCUGCAGAAUGCUUUGUUCAGUCUUACUGGGAAAGGUAUCAGUUCCCAGUUGUUAUCACACGAAGCAGCAAUGUUUAUGGACCACAUCAGUAUCCAGAAAAAGUUAUUCCAAAGUUUAUAUCUUUGUUGCAUCAGAACAGGAAAUGCUGCGUUCAUGGUUCUGGGCUUCAAAGAAGGAAUUUUCUUUACGCCACUGAUGUAGUAGAAGCAUUCCUUACUGUUCUAAAGAAGGGGAAGCCAGGUGAAAUUUAUAACAUUGGAACCAAUUUUGAAAUGUCCAUUGUACAGCUUGCUAAAGAAUUAAUCCAUCUAAUAAAAAAGACCAAUUCAGAAUCUGAAAUGGAACAUUGGGUGGAUUAUGUCGAAGACAGACCUACCAAUGACCUAAGAUAUCCAAUGAAUUCAGAAAAAAUGCACAAUUUAGGAUGGAAACCUAAAGUUCCUUGGAAGGAAGGAAUAAAGAAAACAAUUGAAUGGUACAGAGACAAUUUUCGCAACUGGAAGAAUGCGGAGAAAGCUUUGGAACCCUUUCCUGUGAGAGAACUAUUUGCACAGCUUGAUGUACUGUAGGGAGGAAGAGAGAACAUAAAGGAAAUUCAUCCUCUCUCCUCGUGACCAUGUCUUCUUUAUAGAAACUUGCAGUCAAGUGACCAAGCUGAAGUCUUCUCAUAUUUCAAGAUACAUGGACAAUUAUGAAUUCAGUUGUAUAUAAGGAACAAAAUGGGAAAGAUUUUCAGAGCUUUUUAAUACUUGAUUUUAUAGAUGUAAAUCUGUUAACAUCAGUUUUCAGUGCAAUAUCCUUAAAUUUUUAUCGAAAUUUAUUUUAAAUAACUAUAUGAAGGAUUUUUAUAACACUAUACAUUGAUACGCUUGAUUUUAAACCUGUUUUGUUCACUUUGAUUAAGAAACAUUUUGAAUACAACUCUUGGUAUUUUUGAUGAAAAUAAGUUAUUGGUGUGUUUAAGUUCAGAAAUGUAUCAUAUGUACUAGAGAGGUCAUCGCUUCUUAUACUUGUUCCAUCAUGUUAGCUGCAAAAUUAUAUUUUCUGUUCAGCUGUUUAAACAUUAAGGAGCCAAAUGUUCUAUACUCUACCAAAGGUAUACAGAAUCACAAAAGGUAGAGAUGAGACCUAAAUGGUUACAGUCUAUUUCUCUGCCAUUGCAGUAUUGUUCUCUAUAGAUCACAUUUCUAGAACAUUGUCUGGUCUAAUUUUAAAUAUCCUAAAUAGUAUGUAUCACCUUUCUUGGGAAAUUGUUCUCACCCUAAUAGAUCUUUCAUGAAGCUUGUAUUUAAUUUCAUUCCAUUAUCUGUCUCCAUUUUUUUCAAAGGAUUUUUCACUGUGAUCAUUAUCCAGUUAUUACCUCUUGUAUUACCCCAAAUAAUUUUUCUCCUUCAUGUUUACAAUUGGAAUGUUUGGAAAAACUUGAAUGCUAAAUUUGUUACAGUAUUUCAAAUGUUAUAAUGUCCUGUGAUAUGAAGAAUAUUUUUUGCCAGAGGGAUAAAAGCUAAAUAGUUUUUUGUUUCACUGAGUUGUGGGAUGGUUUGCAUUAUCAGAGUUUAGAUCAUCUUAUCAAUGAAACAUUGCUUGUUAGUAAAACUUCCUUGUAAAAUGUUUUUUUUUGUUUGUUUGUUUUUUAAGGGAGAAAUAUCCCGAAUUUUCACAAAAUUCUGUAGAAAACUAUAAUUAUGGAAAAGCUGCUAAUAUGGAUUUUUCAAUGUUGAUUUUUGAAUAUAAAGUGCUUGUCUAACUUUUUCCACUGAAUGCAUCCGAUGAAGUGAGCUGUAGCUCACAAAAGCUUAUGCUCAAAUAAAUUGGUCAGUCUCUAAGGUG